AUGACGGACGUCAACUUCGGUCGUCACAUUCUCAUCGAUGGCCUCCCCAAUAACGUCACCCCUGAUAAGCGCGACCUCUUCCAGCGCCACUUCUCGCGGCGCAUCGGGGAGCUGCUCGGCGGUGAAAAGUUCAGCCUGCACCUCCUAACAGAUCCAGAGACAGCGCUCCUAUCGGGUGCCAUCCUCAGCUGUGUGACCGAGGCGCAGGCGGAGGCGGCGCUGGCGAAGCUGAAUCGCUUUCCCUUCACCAAGUCCGCCGUGCUCACGACGUACCGCUGGAGCGCACUGGAGGAGGCGCGCGAGGACGAUGGCCCAUACGUGCCGCCACCUCUGGCGUGCGCCGAUGACGAGGAGGAGGCGGAGCUCGUGCACAACAUGGCUGAGGACCCGGAGGCGCGUCCGCAGUUCUUGAUCAAGUCAGGCAUGUCCUUUGACUGCGACUGGUACUGGUUCAACUGGGAGAAGAACGAGCCGGAUCUAUAUCGCCGCCGCAAGAUCAGCAAGGACGACCCACUUUGCCGCUGGUCUGAAGUGGACCGCGACAACAAGAAGUUGCAUUCCGGGAUGGUGUGCAGCGCACUUCCGGUGUCGCGUCCGCUGCCGGUGUGGUCUACGUACGGCUCCAUGGUAAUCUCGCAGCACGAGAAAGGCCUGCGCGUGUGGGCCGGCCGCAGCAUGCGCCUCCACUUCGAGAUCACGAUGGACAUCAACGCCUUCAUGGUGUCUCCGUGCGAGAAGUACAUCAUUGUCCAGACGCCGAAGGAUAUAAGCAUCAUCAACCUGCGCACUGCGAAGAAGAUUCGCACUAUCGGAAACCUUGACCUGCACAGUGAUGAUCUCUGGCCUAUCAUGCGCUUCAGCGCCGACGACUCGCUGGUGGUGGUGUGCAAGACGGGCUACCGUCCCAUCGACUCGGCCGAAGUUCCGGAAGGCCACCUAAACAUCUACAUCUCCGAGACGAUGAAGCUGCUCAAGGGCGAUGGCAGCUCUGGCCAUAGCUUCGCUAUCCCUGGCCUGUACAAGGCUGAGUGGAACCCGGUAGUGGGUACACAAAUGGCGUACGUCUGCGAGCUGGGCCCGAACAAGGGCUGGAAGGCUGUUGUGUCGAACAUGGUAGUAAACGACGACGGCGAGGUGGAACAGCGCGUGCUGAACGAGCGCAAUUUUCUCGUAGCAACGCGGCUCGACAUGCUAUGGCACCCGGCUGGCACCUUCCUCUGCGUGAGGGUGUCGUCAAAGGGGCCGACGGAGUACUUUCUCUUCCACGUUGCGGAGCGCAACGUGCCUAUCACUCGCUUGUCCAUCAAGCGCGGCUACAUCCCGACCCGCUUCGCGUGGCAGGGCGGCGGUGACAAGUUUGCCGUACUCCUGAAGCGCGAUGGCGUCGGCGCCGGCCUCGGUGAGACCGGCGUGCUGCAGAUCUUCAUGAUCGGCAAGCAGGGGCCCAAGGUGCUACACGAGGUGUCCACGUCGGCGACGCAUUUGUUCUGGGCCCCCCGCGGCGGGCGACUGGCGGCUGCCAACUUCGAUAAGUCGCUGCUGCACUUUUUUGUGCUGCACGACGACAACACCGUAACAGACAAGAGCAAGCUGAGCGGCAUCAGCGCGACAAACUGUGAGUGGGACCCGACCGGCCGCUACUUUGCCGUGUGGGUGUCAUCGGUUCACGAGCAGACCCUCCCCCCGCAGUACCGCAUCUUCGACUACACCGGCAACGAGCUCUACAAGAAGGCCAUCAAGCCCCUCUCUCACUUCGCCUGGCGCCCGUUGCCACCCACUCUGCUCUCGCAGAGCGACGUGAAGAAGGCGCGCGACAUGAUGAAGACCCUCCUGCGGGAUUACGAGGCCACCGCGGCGGCGCACAAGGCUGAGGAGCAGGAGCGCAUUGACAAGGAGCGCAGAUCGAAGGAGGAGGACUACAUUAAGCGCAUGAAGAUGGCUGCCCGCUAUGCGGAGGAGAAGAGCAUGCUGCAGACGCGUGAGGAGCAGCGAGCUAACUCGAAGUGGGUUCGCUACAAUAACAACCGCCUCAAGGCGCUGCCAGACGAGGAGCAAAUCAUUCACGAGGAUGUGACGGAAUACCACCUGGUGUCGCGUCGACAGGUCGGCACUGGUACGGCAAAGAGGUAA